AGUCCCUGUCACUGCACCGCUCGCGCUCCCUUCGCUCGCCGCGCCCUCGCUGCCUCUCCUCGCCCCCUCGCUCGUUCUCUUCCCAGAUCGAGGCUGCUCCGGUCCUCUCCACCUCCCCCCGCAGCGACCCCGCGUCCCGCUCGCACCGCGCCCCUGUGCCGCCCUCCCAGGCCCUGGAUCGGCGGCGGGGACCUCCAGGGUCGAAGGUUCUGGCCCGCCCGUGCCCCUCGCCCCUGCCGCCCCCAGCGCUGCUCCGAGCCGGCUCGGGUGGCUUGGCGAUGGCUCGCCCGCACACCCGGCGCUGAAGGCAUCCCGGGGACCCGGAGCGCAGCCCGGGAAAGAACGCACAGUGGUAUUGAUGAGUAGAUCCUUGGAUUCAGAGGUUGGCUGAGACACACCAUGCCUGCUUCCAGCUUUUGCUCCGGAGAGUUGUGAAUUGCUAAUGCCUAUAGGGAGGAAGGAUGGCUCAUGGGAUUCCUUCUCAAGGCAAAGUUACCAUAACGGUGGACGAGUAUAGCUCAAACCCCACCCAGGCAUUCACACACUACAACAUCAACCAGAGCAGAUUCCAGCCGCCACAUGUACAUAUGGUCGACCCCAUCCCAUAUGACACUCCAAAACCAGCGGGCCACACGCGGUUUGUCUGCAUCUCAGACACACACUCCAGAACAGAUGGUAUCCAGAUGCCUUAUGGGGACAUCCUUCUCCACACAGGCGAUUUCACCGAGCUGGGACUGCCCUCAGAGGUUAAGAAGUUUAAUGACUGGUUAGGAAACCUGCCAUAUGAAUAUAAAAUUGUGAUUGCUGGGAAUCAUGAACUGACAUUUGAUAAGGAAUUCAUGGCAGACCUCGUUAAACAGGACUACUACCGUUUCCCCUCUGUGUCCAAAUUGAAACCAGAGGACUUUGACAAUGUUCAGUCCCUCCUGACAAACAGUAUUUACUUGCAAGAUUCAGAGGUAACCGUGAAGGGAUUCAGGAUAUACGGUGCACCCUGGACCCCGUGGUUUAAUGGAUGGGGCUUUAACCUACCCAGAGGCCAGUCUCUGCUGGACAAAUGGAACCUCAUCCCGGAAGGCAUCGACAUACUCAUGACGCACGGGCCUCCUCUAGGUUUUCGAGACUGGGUUCCAAAGGAGCUUCAAAGGGUGGGCUGCGUGGAGCUCUUGAACACAGUCCAGAGGCGCAUUCGGCCCAAGCUUCAUGUGUUUGGUGGAAUUCACGAAGGGUAUGGCAUCAUGACCGACGGCUACACCACCUAUAUCAACGCCUCAACCUGUACAGUCAGCUUUCAGCCGACCAACCCACCAAUCAUAUUUGACCUUCCAAACCCACAGGGCUCCUAAAAACGCUCAGCGUCCAUUGGAAUGUGAGGGACGGUCUACAAACUGCCAUUUUUCUAAUUAUACACUCACAUUCUCUGACUUGUUUAUUUCCAAAACCUGUGAGUUCUUUUUGUAAAUCGUCGGAACCGGAGGGGAAGAAAAAGAUGCUAGCGUUGUGCCGCCUCUUUUUGCUUUUUGAGUGGGGUUUGAAAUCAUUUGAAAUCAAAGGAGCAUUGUGAAUUUGUAAAAUGACUUCUGUUUGCUCAAAGGCCACGCCAUUGUAAAUUGUUAGUGUUUGCCAAAGGACAGCCAAGCUUUCUUUAAAAAAAA